AUGAGAUGUCCCCCGUCCCAAUUUUUGAAGUACUCGAGCAGGAAACCUUCGGUUAGACUCGUUCAACGGUCUGGUAAUUCCUUCUCACUGUGCUUCCACGAUAUACGGUACCGGGAAAAUGAAAGCUCGUCUUUGUGCAAUUCGGCAUCAAGCCUCUUCCAGUGCCUCACUUUCAAAGCUUCAAGUAGCCUCUUUUCCAUAAUGACAUCUCCAACGCUGAUGAAACACGUCACAAAAGCCACCCGAUUUCUCGCUUACGAUGCAGAUCGAUCCCAGGAACCCCAUCCGGCCUUUCCUCCAAAGAUAUUCCUUGCUGCUACGAUCAAGGUCAUUCACAAUCCAAUGGCAGUCAAAAUACCCAGCAAGCGGGACCGCCAUUCUAGAACUGCUACUCGCAAGGCCAUCGUCUCAAUCAUGCUUUCUUCAUGCAUGCGUCUUUAUGCGUUCCCCAAUCGUAAUAGUAUUUCAUGCUUGAUUCUGUUGGGCGGAAAAUUCCCUUGCAGAAACAUUCAAUAUGACCACAAUUGUCAUUUUGCCACUGUUCCAUUCGUCCCUAGUGGCAAGAGAGACCCGACGGAUCUAUAUGCUUUUCCGUUGUCCAAAUUCGACCUCGUCCCAUCUCUUGCCUUCGCAUAUGUAUGCAUUAAGUGUUCUGUCCAAGCGACUAGUCAGUAUCUUCUCACACUAACCCAAGCAUUCACCAAUAGUUUCGAGACCGCUCUUCUGACUUCCUAUGCGAAAGCUUCAAGAAGACCUCGGGACUCCAAAUGCAGUGUAUAUUAUUCGGCCCAACUCCCCACAGAAGCACGUUCCUGUAAUCCAUCUAGUCCCUCAACUUCAUUUAUCCUGCAACUUGACUCUCUUGAGCUUCCCAUGCUUGGGCCUCAUUGUCGAACGGUGCCUUGGGCAGCGAAGGGCCUCGGUCCCAAUGCUAUUCAUUACCCAUACCCACCCACCAACCUGGAAAGCCCUUGA